CCCCUGAAGCACCUGCCGGGCUGUCAGUGGUGGAGGCUGUGUCUGAGGGGUGGGACUUGAGAGUUGAAGCAGAGAUCCUUUUUGGAUAUUGUGCUGAAGUUAUCAUGUUUCUGCAACUAUACCAGUUCUAGAACAAGUUGGAUACUUCCAAUUUUAGGGCUUUGUGACAGAAGAGGUUUGAGUGCCAAGAGACCUGAGGUGACUUGGUUUGGCUAAGAGCGUUUGGGGUAGCCUGAGCGUGUGUUACCGUUUUCCCUUGGCAUGUUCAUUUUCUUUGCUGUCACAAACGCCCGAGCAUAUGAACGAUUCCAAGAUAGGAAAGAAGCGAUUCCAAGAUAACACAGGACUGAGCCCAGGACUGAGAUGUUUUUGAAUAAACAGAUGUGUAGCUAGGAAGAGGAAAAUCUUUUUUUUUACCUGCAUGGUUGGUAGGUUGAGACAACUUGCUUUUUGGUCAGACCAUACUAGUACUUCAUUUUGCAUAACAUCAUAAAUAUUAUGAAUUGAGUGGUGAGGACCACCGUAGAUGCUGUUUCUAAGGUUCAUGUCAUUUAAAUUUUAAUUUGUCACAGUUUAAAGCAUUACUACAUAAAGAAAUGCUAGGGUGAAUCUGUGAAUCACUGAACGUGUCUUGGAUUGUGAUAUUUGGAGUUUAUUUAAAAUGCAAUACAAAUAUUUAUUUGGAUUUGGCUUUACCUUGGAUAUAAUCCUGAGUCAUGCUUCAGAGGAGUGCCUUCUGUGAUGAAGAGUUCCGACGUCUGGUGGUCUCUUGUGAAAGCCAGAUGCUCCCUGUGAUCUUCCCUUGUGGCACUCCAAGAAAAGGAGGACGGGAUGAGGGAGACUGGAAGCAAAUUAAGUGACCUCCUCUUCCAUCUUGCCCUGUCUCCAUGCCCAUGCUCUGAAUUACUUGUGUCCACACUCUCAAGUUUCUCAAUUAACCAUGGAAGUUAUAUGUAUGCUACUGCCAUUAGUAUUUUCACACUUGCCAGGUUACCCAUAAAUUUUCGAUUCAUGAUCUCAUUUAUUUUUUCUCCAAGAAGCAGCUGGGCAGCACAGUGAUUUACUCUGGGUCUUAUAAUUAGUAAUGAAGCCAAGUUGGCUUAAGGAUCCUCACCUGUGACCAUUUCUCUCUCUCCUGCUCUGGCCUGCCUGUGGCCUCAGACCCCAAGCCCCCAUCUGUCACCGUGUAGGCCAGUUGUUGCCCUUGUGUUGUGCUUAAGUGGUACUAUUACUUUUGGGAAUGUGGUAUUACUCUGUUUUAUCUUACAGAAAUUUAGGUAAGAGGAAUAGUCUGGUUUUGUGACUGUUUGUGGUAGCUCUUCAGUAUGAAAAGUCAAUUUUCAAACCUAGAGCACCUUUUUUGGUAGACCACAUGGAGAGAGCAGAGAGAAAAAAGGAUUAGUUUUUGAAUGAAACGAUCUUUAUUUGUGUAGUGGUUAUGGUCAGGCAUAACCUAACAUCAUCAUCACAUUCUCCUUCUGUGCCUGGCUACUUAAACCAGCCUGUAUGUGAGCGUUAACCCAAAAGACUCCUUUAGAUGUUGCUGAACUAGUUACUAUAAAAAGUAUUUCACUUUCAAAAACUCCCACAUUUCAAGAACAGAGAAAUUCAGCACAAAGGUAAUUUUGAAGUUUCCCUGGAACCUGGGCUCCCCGAGACCAGCACUGGAGCAGAUGGAUAAUGGAGACUGGGGCUAUAUGAUGACUGACCCAGUCACGUUAAAUGUAGGUGGACACUUGUACACGACGUCUCUCACCACAUUGACGCGUUACCCGGAUUCCAUGCUUGGAGCCAUGUUUGGGGGGGACUUCCCCACAGCUCGAGACCCUCAAGGCAAUUACUUCAUUGAUAGAGAUGGACCUCUUUUCCGAUAUGUCCUCAACUUCUUAAGAACUUCAGAGCUGACCUUACCCCUGGAUUUUAAGGAAUUUGAUCUGCUUCGGAAAGAAGCAGACUUUUAUCAGAUUGAGCCCUUGAUUCAGUGUCUCAAUGACCCCAAGCCUUUGUAUCCCGUGGAUACUUUUGAAGAAGUCGUGGAGUUAUCUAGUACCCGGAAGCUUUCUAAGUACUCCAAUCCGGUAGCUGUCAUCAUAACCCAGUUAACCAUCACCACCAAGGUCCAUUCCUUACUAGAAGGCAUAUCAAACUAUUUUACGAAGUGGAAUAAGCACAUGAUGGACACCAGAGAUUGCCAGGUGUCCUUUACUUUUGGACCCUGUGAUUAUCACCAGGAAGUCUCUCUCCGAGUCCACCUGAUGGAGUACAUUACAAAACAGGGUUUCACGAUCCGCAACACACGAGUGCAUCACAUGAGCGAGCGGGCCAAUGAGAACACAGUGGAACACAACUGGACUUUCUGCAGGCUGGCCCGGAAGACGGAUGACUGACCUCCAGCCCCGGGGGGCCUGGGACUGCGCUUGCCGGGAGAUCCAGGAGGCUGGCCUUUUUUUUUUUUUUUUAAAUCACAGUGUGAGAUUUUUUUUUUUUUUUAAUAUUUGUAUUUAUUUGACGGCAUUGGGGACCAGAAGGAAGUUUUGUGCUUUAGCAGACUCCUCUAUGUUUUGUUCCCUUCACCCCAAGUGUGCAUGUGCCUGUUCCGAGCCUCCAGAUACCUUUUUUUUUUUUUUAAAUACAAAGAAGUCUGAAAAUCAUUAUGGUCUAUAAUGUACCCUUAACAAAGCUUUCUUUUUUUUUUUUUUUUUGCAGUGCUAAAAUGAUUUCUGAUUAAAUAGUCCCUAAAUUAACUAGAAGGCUAAAAAUGCAGGAGUGAAAGAAUAAACAGUACUCAUGAUGCCUUGGGGAAAAAUCAGAACAUCAUGUAGGGUGACCUAGUUUUCAGACCAAUAAGCAGUAUUGUAAUAUUAAAGGAAAACUAUUCCAAUCAUGUAAAAGUACUUGUUAAGUACUGCUUUUUACAGUUAUGACAACUGUUUCUUUCUAUGCAUAUAAAUGAAGCAACCAAAUAUCUGUAGCCAUGGAGAUGUCUGACUAGAAAUAUUUAUACUGGAUUCUGAAUACAAAACGUCCCUGUGGUAGAAAUCUUAACUUCUUAUGCCUGGUGCAGUAUAAUUGUCAAGUGGUACUGUCUACCAGAAAAAAAAAAAAAAACAAUAAAAAUUGAAAUAUGAAAA